AUGUUCGAUGGAGCAGCAGAUCAGUUCCACCAAUUCAUAGCACCAAGGACCACUCUUCCUCUUCACUUAUCUUUCCCUCUUCAUGCUUCUGCCACCCCUAAUAGCUUCCUACCCUUUGAUCCUUACAACCCUUCUCAUCAAUUCCCAUUCCAAACCAAUCUUUUGCACCCAUUGCACCCCCACAAAGAUGAAGAGAAGGAACCAAACACCAUGGACAUGGUUCCUUCAAUCAACAACGUCGAGAUUCAAAGAGAUCAAAGACAAUCAACACAGUUAACUGAUUCCUGGACUAACGAUGAAGUUCUUGCACUGCUGAGGAUCAGAUCUAGCAUGGAAAAUUGGUUCCCACAGCUGACAUGGGAGCAUGUCUCAAGGAAGCUAGCAGAGCUUGGGUUCAAGAAGGGUGCGGAGAAAUGCAAGGAGAAGUUUGAAGAUGAAAGUAGAUAUUUCGACAACAUUGAUGACUAUGGCAAGAACAAUUACCGGUUCCUUAGUGAGCUUGAGGAGCUUUGUCACGGUGAUAAAAACCCUGAUCAGGGUGGUGAUGAUGGGGUUGUGAGUGAAAAGACACACCACCUAGGUGGAGACAACAUGGGCCACGCGUUGGAAGAAAAUUCGAGAGACAUUAUUGGAGCACAGGCGACCAAACAAUGUGAUGGAAGUGACAAGGUCGUGGAAAAGUCAAAGGAGCGGAAGAGGAAGAGAAAGGAUAGGUUUGAGAUGUUCAAGGGUUUUUGUGAGAGUGUUGUGAACAAGAUGAUGGCUCAACAAGAAGAGAUACACAACAAGCUCCUCGAUGACAUGAUGAAAAGGGACCAAGAGAAGUUUGCGAGGGAGGAAGCGUGGAAGAAGCAAGAGAUGGAUAAGAUGAACAAGGAACUUGAGAUUAUGGCACAUGAGCAAGCUAUUGCGGGUGAUAGGCAUACCACCAUCAUUGAAUUCUUAAAGAAAUGUGCAACAACUUCCCCUCCAAGCCAAAAUGGUGAGUACAAAACGAAUGGUUCAAAUCGAAAUUGUCUACGCACUACUAUCUCUUCUUCUUCCCCUCAAAACCCUAAUAAUCCUUCUACUGAAGAGAACAAUCUUGACUCAAGUGACACAUUAUUACAAGUUCCUUCUUCUUCCAAUUCAUCUCCAGCUCCUCACAACCCUACUUCUUCGCUCAAUAGCCACAAUAAUCAAUUAGAGUCAAACUCAGUUUCGAUAAAUAAGGCCACGUCAACCCUUAUGACCACUACUGAGAAAGACGACGUUGGGAGGAGAUGGCCAAGAGAUGAAGUAUUAGCACUGAUAAACCUGAGGUGCACAAGUCUAAGUAACAACAAUAAUGAAGAGAAAGAAGGAAACAACAAGGCUCCUCUGUGGGAGAGAAUCUCGCAAGGGAUGUCAGAUCUGGGAUACAGGAGAAGUGCAAAGAGGUGCAAAGAGAAAUGGGAAAACAUAAAUAAGUACUUCAGAAAAACAAAGGAUGUUAACAAGAAAAGGUCCCUUGACUCUAGGACCUGUCCCUAUUUCCAUCAACUUAGCUGUUUAUAUGGUCAGGGAAAACUCGUGCUACAAUCUGAAAGGCAAGGGAACCACUUCAAUCCAACCGCGAAUACCGCUCAAGUGCCGCCAGAUCAAGCUCAAGCUGAUGAGUCUUCUCAAGUGGGGUCUGGUCCUCUGAUUCAGUAUGCAUGUUGAUCAUGCAGGAUCAUCGCAGAAUAUAUCUCGAGAUGCAUUUGGAUUUCAGUUUCUUUUGCUGCGGAGC